AUGGCGCACGAUGAUGUACGUGUCGGUGAGGUGGUGAAUGUCCCCGGUGGCAUGUAUGGGACGGUUAAAUACUUGGGACCAGUGGCGGGGAAGGCCGGACGAUUUGCAGGAGUCGAACUGAGCUCCGAACACGCGCAAAGAGGCAAAAACAGCGGCGAUGUCGACGGCCGGAAGUACUUUGUGACCUCCAUCCCGGGUGCUGGUAUAUUCGUUCCUAUGAACAACAACAAAUAUGUCACCAAACGAUCAAAUGUCUCGACACCGACUACUCCGGCACGCGGAAGACCCGUCAACUUCAGCAAAUCUGUCGGUGCAUCCCUUACCACCCCCCGCCCUCGUGUCCGACGACCCUCUCUCCCUCGACCCGAAUCCCCGCGCGUGCCCCCUCCGAAACUAAGCCUAGCGGGCUUGCGGACACCAUCAGCGGCAUCGAGGACCAGCGGGAUGAAUAGCGCCAUGCGUAGCCCUGUCAAGGCACCGUCUCGGCUGUCUGAUAGGCCCUCAUCGCGACUUAGUGUGGAUGACGAUGCUUCAUCGUAUGGACGACCAUCGGACUUCCGCCGACCGCUUUCGUCGGAGACUCAAGACCUAAAGGAUCAGAUCAAGAGUCUAGAAAAGCAGCUUCUGGACCGAGAUAAGCAGCUCGACGAGCAGUCUGGAACUUUGAGCGAGUUCCAGAAGACUUUGGAGGAGAUGGAAGGACCGGACGGCCAUGCGGUUCGUACACAGCUACGCGAACGCAAUGAGCGGAUUGCCCAAUUAACGGCCGAAUUCGACGUCCACCGCGCAGACUUCAGAAGCACCCUUGACACAUUGGAGGUCGCAGCCUCCGAAACCGAACGUGUCUAUGAGCAGCGUCUCGACGAGCUUAUGCAGCAGAACAAGGAACUACAGGAUCGCGGCGAAGAUGUUGAGAUUGUUGCGCAGCAGCUCAAGCAGUUGGAAGAGCUGGUUUCGGAGUUAGAGGAAGGUCUCGAAGACGCCCGGCGCGGAGAGGCUGAGGCGAGGGCAGAAGUCGAGUUCCUCCGCGGCGAAGUCGAGCGAACCAAGCUGGAGCUGAAAAAGGAGCGUGAUAACUCCGCCGCUGCGCUGAAAGAUGCACACGCCGCCGUAGAUGGACCCCGCAGCAGCAGUAGUGAAUUGGAUCAGAAGGAUGAUGAGAUCCGAGGACUCAAGGCUAUCAUUCAUUCAUUGAGCCGCGGGAAUCCCAACACAGCAGACAUGGGACAGAAGGACUUGGACUAUGAGCAUGAUCCGGAGCAGAUCAAUCAGCUGGAGAUUCGACUACAAGAGAUCGAAGAAAACACCAACCGCAAAGACAGUCGGAUCGAAGAGCUCGAGCGUGAACUCCAAGAGAUGCACCUGCAGGUUGGUGGUCGUCGCCGCAGCUCUACUGUCACUCUUUCACCAAAGCAACAUAGACCAUCGCACUCUGCGGGAAACAUUUCCAAUCAUUCAAACAAACCCAACCCCAACUCCAACCCCAACCGUCUCUCUGAUCGUACAGUGGUCCCGAAUGACUGGCAUGAUACUCCCUCAGAGUCUCGUCAUCACCGCGGUAUCUCCAGCUCUUCUCAGUCGCGACUAGAGACCAUGCAUGAAUCCGAACGUUCUUCCGAUGAGGAUACCAUGUGGUGCGAGAUCUGUGAAACAGGCGGCCAUGACAUCUUGAACUGCACCAGCAUGUUUGGCUCUGGCCAGAAGCCUGUUGGACAGAAGAAUGCCACGCACGAUGCUGCCGACGAACUUGCCGAUGAACACCCAGUUCAGAAGACCGAACCCCUUCAGACCAAAGCCUCGUCCAUCCAUUCCGACACUCCUUCCGCCCUAAAGACAGGACGGGAUGUGGUCAUGGAAGGAUUGAAGGGCAUUGGCGGGUUGGGCUCAUCCAUGGCUCCCAUUGCCGGUAAGUCAUCGGGGGUCAUCGACGAGUCUAAGUGGUGCGCUCUCUGUGAGCGAGACGGCCAUGAGAGCAUCGACUGCCCAUUUGAUGAAUAA